AUGUCCAGUCUCAUCUUCGUGAAGUCUGGGAAUACCUACCGUGCCGUGCUCGUGCGGAGCGGGAUGGUCUUGGACAUGAGCAGUCCCCAAUGCUUGGACCGCAUUGAUGUUACCGACAACCGUUCAGAGUUGGGGCGAUGCCUAGCCAGUAUGACCAACUCCUCGCUCACGGAGUUGCAUCGUGCGCUGGGCUGGAAUGAAUUGCCUUUCAGGCCCAAGAAAGCCCAGCUGGUGACGGCAGUCCUUGACAACUGGGAUGACAUGAAGACCACUGCUAGGGUGAUAGGCGAGGCUGUUGAAGGAGCCCGUGCACCCUCUCCUUUGGCUUCGGAUGUUGAGCCCCAGCUUUUGGACACUGACGAGAGCGACGACGAGUGGGCAAAGUGCACUGCCGAUGACUUGCAGAAGCCGAUUGAGGACGAGGACGUGCUGAACCACGAGGAGAAGUUCCCUGAUGGAGCUGACGUUAAGGUGGUCCGCUUGUUGAAGAACUAUGGUGAGAAGCGCGGUGUGUGCUUGAAGAUGGACUUUGAGACCAGCACGGUUGAUGACUUCAUGAACCAGAUGGAAGAGUAUGGCGUGAUUGACUAUGCAGAGGACUACAUGGUGCUCUAUGGUGGCAGACCUGCCCAUGGGGGUUGUCGUUUGGGCUCCUUGAUUGACGACGGUGCCAAUUCUGUCACCUUUGUCCUACAGGUGGCCAAGUUGAGGGGCGGUGGAAAGCCCAAGCCCGUGAAGAAGGACAGCGCGAUGGUUGAGCGCAUGGUGGCGAAGAUGAAGAAGCACCCGACCCCCUUGGACGAUGCCGAGAUUUGCUCCCUCUCCACCGCCUUGAACGAGCUGACGGACAAGCGCCACAGGCAGAUUGACAUCCCUACCUUGUUGAAGGCAUCCUCGGUGAGCAAGUUGCGCGAGUUGCAGAAACUCGUUGACAGGAACAACGGCGGGGCAAUGGCACAGACUCGCACAGAAGCAAUUGCCUACCACAUGCUUGAGUGUAUGCCCACCCUCUACGAGAACAUGGAGACGGUGAGCAACUGCUACAACUACAUGCUAGAGCAGUUCUCGGUUGCCUACGCUGCGCGCUACAACAAGGUGUAUGGCUCGGAUGUGCGGAUUGACCACGGUGCCUUCUACAUGGAGGUCACAGACAUCAUUGGUGAGUUGCAGGAUGCUGAGACGAAGCGCCUUCGUGAUGAGGUGGCAAAGUUUCAGCAGGGCUCGGGCUCGGGCUAUGGUGUUCAGAUGGACACAAGCGGGUGA